GAUGUGGACGGGAACGGGAAAGCUGUUGCUUUUGCAUUUGCUGCUAAUGGAGCUAUACAUCACUGAAGGGACUAAUACAGAAUGUGAAACUGGCCAAUUUAUGUGUACAAAUGGAAGGUGCAUCCCUACUCCUUGGAGAUGUGACGACGACGAUGAUUGCUCUGAUAACAGCGAUGAGGAAAAUUGCCCUAGGAAGACGUGUGCCACGACUGAUUUCGCCUGUAAGAAUGGGCAGUGUGUGCCUGCUCGAUGGAGGUGCGAUGGGGAGCCCGAGUGUCCCGACGGCUCAGAUGAAGCUGAAGCCACCUGCAGUCGGCAGACGUGUCCUCCUGAGAAGUUUGACUGCGGUGGCUCUAGCAAUAAGUGUGUGUCCCUCUCGUGGCGCUGUGACGGGGAGCGGGACUGUGAGAAUGGGGCAGACGAGGAGGAGUGUGCUGCAGACGCCAAGGCCUGCCCGGCCAAGGAGUUCCAGUGCCGCAACAGGAAGUGCGUGGCGCCCACCUUCGUGUGCGACGGAGAUGACGACUGCGGCGACAACAGUGACGAGGAGUCGUGCGCCGGGACGGCCGCCGGGGACGGCAAGGGCGGACCAGGAGGAGGCGGAGCCAGCGACGGCGGCGAUGGCGGCGGCAAGUCCACGCGCACCUGCGGCCCGCACGAGUUCCGCUGCAACGACUCGGAGUGUAUCCCCGGGCUGUGGAGCUGCGACGGGGACCCCGACUGCGGGGACAAGUCAGACGAGCUGCCAGAGCGCUGCAGCCGGCGCACGGAGCCCCAGAAGCCGCGAUGCGCCUCGGCCGCCGAGUUCCAGUGCGCCAACGGAGACUGCGUGCACCUGAGCUGGAGGUGCGACGGCGACGCGGACUGCAGGGACAAGUCAGACGAGGCCAACUGUCCUUUGCUGACCUGCAGGCCGGAUGAGUUCCAGUGUGGCGAUGGCUCCUGCAUCCACGGGACCAAGCAGUGCAACCGCGUCCACGACUGCCCAGACUACAGCGACGAGGCUGGAUGUGUUAACGCUACCAAGUGUGACGGCCCGCACAAGUUCCUUUGCAAGACGGGAGAGUGCAUCGACAGCAGCAAGGUGUGCGACUCUGUCAAAGACUGCAAGGACUGGUCAGACGAGCCCAUGAAACAGUGUGGCCUGAACGAGUGCGCUGACAACAACGGUGGCUGCUCCCACAUCUGCAGGGACAAGCGCAUCGGCUACGAGUGUGACUGCCCCUCUGGCUACAAGCUGAUGGACAAGAAGACAUGUGGAGACAUAGAUGAAUGUGAGAACCCCGAAGCCUGCAGUCAGAUCUGCAUCAACCUCAAAGGCGACUUCAAGUGCGAGUGCUACGAAGGCUACGAGAUGGACCCCGUCUCCAAGACCUGCAAAGCCGUCGGCAAGAGCCCGUACCUGCUGUUCACCAAUCGGCAUGAGAUCCGGCGUAUUGACCUGAUCAGGAAGGACUACAGCCAGGUGGUGCCCACCCUGAAGAACGCUGUGGCCCUGGACGUGGACGUCACCACCAACAAGAUGUACUGGUGUGACCUCUACCACCGCAAGAUCUACAGUGCCUACAUCAACAAGGCCAGCAACGCCUCGCAGCAGGUGACGCUGAUCGACACGGCCCUCCACUCCCCAGAGGGGCUGGCCGUGGACUGGGUCCACAAGAACAUCUACUGGACCGACUCCGGAGACAAGACCAUCUCCGUGGCCACCCUCGACGGCAAGAAGAGACGGGUCCUGAUCAACACAGACCUGGGAGAGCCCAGGGCCAUUGCUGUGGACCCCAGACAAGGGUUUAUGUUCUGGUCAGACUGGGGCACGAACGCUAAGAUUGAGAAGGCCGGCAUGAACGGCGUGGACCGGCAGGUUCUGGUCUCGGAGAGAAUCGAGUGGCCCAACGGCAUAACUCUUGAUCUGUCCAGCAGGAGGCUGUACUGGGUGGACUCCAAGCUGCACCUCAUCUCCAGUGUGGACUUCAAUGGGAACAACCGCCGGGUGCUCAUCUCCUCCACUGACCACCUGGGACAUCCCUGUGCCCUCACCGUGUUUGAGGAUCACGUGUACUGGACGGACCUGGAGGAAGAGGCCAUCUACAGUGCUAACCGGCACACGGGGCGCGACGUGACCAAGCUGGCCCAGCAUCUCAACAACCCUCUGGACGUGGUGGUCUUCCAUGAGCUCAGGCAGCCCAAAGUGCCGGACAGCUGUAGCAUGGGCAGUCUGCCCAACGGAGGGUGUGAGUACCUGUGCCUGAAGGCUCCUCAGAUCACCGACCACUCGCCCAAGUACACCUGUGCCUGCCCCGACAACAUGGAGCUGGGGCCGGACAUGCGCCGCUGCGUCACAGUAGCCAGACCCAAAACGACAACCACAGCAGCUCCCACCAUCACCCCAACCACUUCCUCCAGCACCACCACCACCACCAGCAUCCCAGUAACAACAGAGACCUCCACCACCACUACCACUACUACCACCACAACACCAUCCACAACCACAUCCACACCCACAACCACAACCAGAGCCAGCACGUCCACCACCAGAUCAACCACAGCCUCCACAACGAGCCCCUGGACCUUUCAACAGGCAUCUACCUCCACCAGCUCUGCCCCCAGCAGCACCAAGAGCCAAGUCCACACAAGCACCACCACCACCAUCAUCACCAGCACCACCAGCAUUCAGAGGGUCAAUGCCAACCUCUCGCAUCGAGCUGGGAACGAGCAUUACCUUUUAGGCAGCAACAUCACGGUGGCGGUGCUUGGUAUCGUCAUUCCCAUAGUUCCUAUCCUUGCCACAGUGGUCAUCGGCCUGCUCUGCACCGCCGGCUACCUGGUCUGGCGCAACUGGCGGCGGCGCAACACCAAGAGCAUGAACUUCGACAACCCGGUGUACCGCAAGACCACCGAGGACGACGACGACGAGAUCCACAUCGGCCGGACCGAGCAGAUCGGACACGUCUACCCCCCACGCGUGGCGCUCAGUCUGGAGGACGACGGAUUCCCCUGA